GGAAGUAUUUGGGUGCAGUUACAGCGGAGGAUCAAGCCAGUGCGGUCUCUCUCUAAAUUAAACCGCGAAUCAGACAUUCCGUGCUAUAAGUUAUAUUGUUUUGAAAACUACAAUGAACAUUUCACCGGCAUUUUUAAAACAGUUAUGGCUAACAGUAGGUGCCUCUUUGGCGUUUUUAAUCAUCGGUCUGGUUCGCGGAUAUACUGCGUCAGCGCUGCCUUCAAUAGAACAGUAUAAUCCUACAAUUGUACAACAUAGCGAACAAAAGUCAUGGACAGGUGCAAUUGCGUCAUUUGGAGCUUUCUUGGGCAGUAUGUGCUCUGGACCAUUAAUGCAACGGGCUGGCCGAAAAAGAGCGCUGAAGCUCACAGCUCCCCUUUGGAUUGCCGCAUGGAUAAUUGUUGGUUUUGCACGCAUCUUUCCAAUCCUGCUACUGGGUAGAAUACUCACUGGCUUAUGUGUGGGAUUUGUAUUAGCUCCAGUUCAAGUUUACGUGAGUGAAUGCUGCGACCCCGAGAUCCGUGGUCGUCUCGGGUCCCUACCUACGCUGUCCAUGUCGCUGGGAAUCCUCAUAUCCUACAUCGCGGGGAGCUGGCUUUACUGGAGAUACCUUGCCUUUCUCUCAGCCACCUUUUGUGUGGGUAUGUUUGUUGCCCUCCUCCCGUUGCCAGAAUCUCCAGUAUGGCUUGAAACACAAGGUUUGGACAACAGUGCAUCUAUGAAGUGGCUUCAUCUAUCUAAACACGCUGUUGCUAAAGUUAAAGAUGGUAUACAAGAGCCUGUGAAGAGUAUAUCCGGCAAUUUGAAUCCAGUACCUGCAGAGCCUGAACCAAAGAGUCUUUUCACUCGGGAAGUGUUCUUCUCAUCUCCCGUGAUCAAGCCAUUGAUAAUUGUAUUUGCACUACUUUUCUUCCAACAAUUUAGUGGUAUAGAUGCCGUCAUUUUCUUCACAGUCGAAAUCUUCCAAAAAUCAGGUAGCAAAUUGGAUCCAAUGAUGGCCACAAUAACAGUGGGUGCUGUGCAAUUAUUCAGCAAUGGAAUUAGUACAAUCCUCGUCGACCGUGCUGGCCGAAGACCGCUGCUCCUGCUCUCAGCAGCGACCAUGUCAGUCUCUAUGGUUUCCAUGGGAGCCUCUUUUUACUUCGAAUUCGACCAAAAUUCAUGGAUGGGCUAUCUGCCCAUUGCAAGUCUGGUAGUUUUCAUGUUGGGCUUCUCUCUGGGUUUUGGCGGACUUCCCUUCUUGUUGCUCGGUGAACUCUUUCCCAAGCACUACAGAUCACAGCUGUCAGGAAUGGCCAGCGCGGUCAAUCUGCUCUCCAUGUUUUCUGUUAUCAAGUCCUAUCAUGCUCUAGAUCUUGUAUUAACUUCAGCCGGUACAUUCUGGCUGUAUGCAGUAUUUUGUGGACUGGCGUUAGUCUUUGUCGCGUUCUUUGUUCCUGAGACUAAAGGAAAGUCCCUCGCGGAGAUCGAGCAGCAUUUCCGGGGCAAUAAGCACCAGGAAACCGUCAGCUUGCAAAAUAUACAAACAAAAUUUUGAUAUUUGCUUGAAAAUAAGCAAUUAUAGUAUUAUUUACAUGAGUAUAAUAUCAAUAACUUACAGUUUUAUCGAUUUUAAAUAUAUACGUAUUUUUAUACAAAAAUAAUCACAUCUAUUCAGAAGACUGUAAGUUAUAGGUAAUAUAUUCACUUCCAAUCUCAGUUUGUAACAUUACGAUGUUGGUUUGUGGAGCUACUAUUGAAAUAAAAUUGACGCCAAAAUUAUGAUGAUAAGUUAAGGUUAAGAAACAAUUCAUAACAAACAAGAAAGAAAAGGUUUGAAUCAAAAAGCUUUUGUGUUGUGGUUGUGUGUCACAUGUGUAGUGUUAUAUUUAUUCGAAUCUGAAAACUGAACUGUUAUCUACUAGAAUUAUUUUUUUAACUAAUCCGUAAGUCAAACAAAAGUAUGUACAAUCAAUCGAUCAUCAAUCAAUCUAUCAAGCGGCUUUACCUGUGAUAAAUAUUUAAAUAGUUUAGUAGUAUAAAAAACUUAUUAAAAAAUAUGGUUCCUUUUUUUAAUGAUUGUGCCAAAAUGUUUUGUACUAAGAAUAUGAUAGCAAUAGGAGUCUUAUAUUAUAUGAGUUGUCUAAAAUGUCAAGUCAUAAGUCAGAAAACACUGGCUCGUACAUUCAUAAAAUUGCGCCGUUUUAACUAAAGUACAUACCUAACUCAUCAUGACGAGAGAAUACUUUAGUUUAAAGAGUGCACUUUUUAUUUACAUUAAGAAGCCUAAGUUAGAGAUAUUUUAAAGUUUACAUCAUAUAUAUGUACGCGGAAAUCUGGCGCCACUUAUCCAACUGAAAAAAAAGAAAUUGAAAAUCUAUCAUGCAAGAUUAAUUUGAUAGCAUUACAUUAUAUUAACAUCGAAGCACCAUUGAAAACUAUUGUAGCAUCAAUUUGUAUAAAUUUCUUUAUAAUUAUAUAUAUUGUAAUUUAUAAGCAUGGUUGGUAUGUAAUAAUUAAAGCUAUGGGUUUAAAACUGUCUGGCAUUCUUAUUCUAGAUGAAUAAAUUUUUGACAAUAUGGUUGAGAUAUGGUUUUGUUUUUAUCUAGGGACAAAGAGCCUUUUCAAUUUUGUUUAUUUUUAUAAGUUACUAUUAUCUGCGUGACUUCGCGAAGAAACUGAAAGGCGUUUUAUAUAAGAUAAAUCAGAAUGCAAGAAUCUUUAUUUUAACAAGUGUGUACACUAUUGAAAUGUAAUGUAAUAAAUCUUGGUUUAUAUGCUACAUCCUCAUAAGAACCUCGGCCCGCUGUCCACGAGAAAAAGGCACUUAUCACCCCUUAAAAAUGUUUUGUAAUAUUAAUGCGUGCACAUUAAACGUGAAACUUAUGAUAAUAAUUAUUAUAUAUUUAACAUAUGAAUCCUUCUUGAAUUACUUUAUCAUAUCAUGAAAAUCGCAUUAAAAUGCGUUGUUUUAAACUCUUUGGAUUCUAUACUGUGUAAUUUCAUAAUUACCACUUAAUAAAUAAGGAACAGAAUCUUUAUAAUAAUCAAUAAUAUAUAUCGAUAAUAAUCCCGAUAUUUAUAUUUUUUUAAGUUUAGUAUAUACAAGAAAGAUAACUUAAGAGGAAUACGGUCAAUAAGUCAGUAAAGAAUGAAAUGUUACUAGAUAUUUUAAUACAUAUUUAUUUUGAUACAAUUGUCUGUUUAGUUCACCAUUAGAUUUUGUUAUUGUUGGCUGUGUAUUGUUAUAUGUUAAUAUUUUGAAAUAAAAUAUAUCUUUGUCGUGUUUA